GCAUGGUGGCAGCACUACCGAAUUACAAAAUGGCCGAUGUAGGAACAAACUCAAACUGUGUAGCUUCUAACGCAGCUAAUACUUCAUUAGUCGAGACGACUCGCCGAGCGCGUGAAUUACACGCGAGCGCAUGCAGGUGCUAGCUCGUGAUCAUCGCCGCCACCGAGCGCGCACACGUCGCAGCGAUGACAGCCAACCUGCUGUCGAGGGACGCCGCACUCGCGCACACCCGUCAGCGUCGCGGCGACAACGCCGGCAUGUCGCCCCCCGCCGUCGAUCACAGAGACCGCGACGGAGAGAGUCCCCCGCAUGAUACGGUCACAGUCCCAGAACGCGUGGCAGGAGGCACAGUCCCAGAACGCGUGGCAGGAGGCACAGUCCCAGAACGCGUGGCAGGAGGCACAGUCCCAGAACGCGUGGCAGGAGGCACAGUCCCAGAACGCGUGGCAGGAGGUACAGUCUCAGAACGUGUGGCAAGAGGUACAGUCCCAGAACGCGUGGCAGCAGGCACAGUCCCAGAACGCGUGGCAGCAGGCACAGUCCCAGAACGUGUGGCAGGAGGUACAGUUCCAGAACGCGUGGCAGGAGGCACAGUCCCAGAACGUGUGGCAGGAGGUACAGGCCCAGAACGUGUGGCAGGAGGUACAGGCCCAGAAUGUGUGGCAGCCGACACAGUGGUGACAACUUUGAAUUUGCAGCGCGACGCAGGGCAGGAGAGCCACGGCCCUGCAAACAGCAUCACAAGUGACAACCACAACACAGUUGCGACAGAAGAACAGAACGACGGGAACGAUGGAAGAAGAGCCGUCGAUGACUCAGGGGAACCCACACCAGCAGCGGAUGUCAGCGACGUGACAGAAUGCACCGCUUCUGGUCAUCGCUGUACCAAAGAUAAGCGAAGUCGCGACCUUUCGAAGAGCAAUAACGGGUUCCAUCAUGGUGUGACCCGAGCAGCGGAGAUUACGAACAGCAUUGACGUCGAUAAUACCCACUGCCAAGGCGAAGUGUCGCAAGUGGUAGAUUCGUUGGGGCUCGACAGCGACGUAGCAGACAGUGGCGCCCCCAUGCAGCGAGACGUCGCAGGCAAGAUUCUGCCUGUGCCAAAUCGGACAGUGGAGCGAGAGUGCGAGCCUCCUCCGCCGGUGCCCAGCAGAGUGCGCCGGUGUCUUCAGCAGGAGCGGCCUGAAUCACUACCACAUCCGCUCACGCGGACGUUGUUUGUCAGUAGCUUGCCGCUGCAGGCACCGCCACCACUGCCGCCAAAACGAACAGUCGGCAGCGGCCAGUCUUCAUGCGACAGUGUCGCUCAGGCUUCGCACGGAGCCGGACAGUCGUGCAGCGUUGCUCAGCAAUCGAGUGCAGAACAGCACCGCAGCGACGACAGUGUCGCACCGCGGUCGCGCGCCAUAGCCGCCGCCAGUGACGCCGGGGCGGUGUGUCGCGAGGAAUCGGAGGCGACACCUGGUGGGGGCGGGGCUCGCUCCGAUCGAGCGCGGGACGCGCCAUCAGAAGCUGCCGUUGACGCCGCGGGCGAUCACCGCAAACGCGCGUCUGUGUUCGAUGCGAUACGCAGCACCGUCACGUCGGUGUUCAGCCACCACGCAGACGCUUCCGCUGCAGGCACCGCCCCUACGCAGCGGAAGCGGGCGCCAGCGAGGCUACCUGCGUCGAUAGCGACGACACACGCGCGAGCAGAGCCGAACCCGUAUGAGAAGGGCGAGCGGCGAAAACGCACAUCCGAGAGUCCGUCGCGACCCGAUCCAGACACGGAGGAUUCCUUCGCGGACGGCAUUCCUCCGCUGAUCCCGCCACGGUCCAUCCGGAGGGGGGACGCGGCAAUGGCAGGUACGACGACAAGCUGGAGUGGUGGUGAUGCGCAGGCGCCCCCUCAUGCACCGGGGCGGAGGGCGUUGGCGCGGCGUAGCAACUCUGAGCCGCUGGCGACACAUCAAGAAGGUUCUGUGUUGCCAUCUGACAAUUCUGUGCUACACUUGGCGGCAGUAGCAGAGCCAUCGAUUGCCAAACCGGAGGAGGUUCGUUUGCGACAGCGCAACUGUAAUGGCCCGGCCUCUCCAGAAGGAACAACAUUAGCUGCCUUUGCUGACACUUUAUCCCAGUUGAAAGAUGUAAGUAGGCAAGCUUAUUUGUUUUCACAAUAGCAGUAUGAAACUAUGAACCAAAAUCUGCUGCCGAUCCAUAUUAAAAUGGUGUUGAAAAACAGUGUUCAAUC